AUGAACAAAGUAAUUGUUCUUCUUCUUCCAUUCUUCUUAGCAUCAGCUUUUGCCGGAUAUGUGGACCAUAUUCGAUGCACGAGGACCGCGCCUGGCACGCCUGGCCCUGGUGAUCCACCUACCUGGGUCUGGGUUGAGGGUUGCGAAGGAGACAAUUGCCAAGUUCGCAAUGGCACGGACGCCGUAGUUCGAGCUGGAUUUAGUCCUAAUGAGGAUCAUCAUAAUUUGCGCUUCCACAUUAUCAUCACCCUUGUUGGAAUCCCAAUUCCUAUUGAACAACCUGAGAUUGCUGAUCAAGCCUGCCUUCUGCUCGACGGUGGCUGUCCUCUUAUUGGUGGAGCUGGUGAGCGACAUUUCGAAUAUAGAUUUGAAGUUGCCUCUCCAAUUGUCGGACCAAGAGUUUUGAUUGAGCUCACUCUCAUUAACAGUGACACUAACCAGGCAAUUGCUUGUGCUGGUGUAUAUGUAACAAUAACUGCCUAA